AUGGUGGCGUCAAGGGAUCAGCGAAAUUCCGUCGGCCGUGGGAGGGGGGAGGCUGGACAGCGAACCUUUUCGAUUCAGACCAUCGGAAAGAUCAUGAAGAAGGUGUUGCCGCAGAAGGCAAGGAUCACUACAGAAGUGAAGGAAACGAUCGAACAAUGCCUGACGGAGUUCGUCGCCUUCAUCACCAGCGAAGCCGCCGAGAAGUGCAACAAUGAUAACCGCUUUAUGCUGACCGGCGACGACAUCGUGUGGGCGUUGGCCCGACUCGGAUUCGAUAAUUACGUGGAACCACUCCAGAUUUACCUGCACAGGUAUAGGGAACCUGAUUAUGAGGCGGCGAAUUGGGCGGAACUGGAUACGAGUAUUAGCGCCGUUCCGGUAUGGCAGCACGGCCAGAUCAGCGACGGCGACUAUCAGAAUGGGAUUCUUGGGGUUGGGACUGUUGAGGAUUUUCAAGAUUUGCCCGCUGUCAUUUUGAUGAAGAUUUAUUGA